AUGGACGACGAUCCGUGGGACUGGGAUGUUGACAAGGUGGUUCGGGAGCUUUGCUCGACCGAUCGAUCUUGGAAGCCGCCAACUUCUGCUCCCGUGAAGUUCUUGCCCCCGGAGAAGCUUGAACCCUUGUUAAGGAAGCAUGAAAUUGAUGGCCAUACACUUCUCACAUAUCAUCGUUCCGGCCUUUGCCGUGACCUAUGCAUCGAGAUCACGAAACAUAAGUCGAUAUUCUAUCACAUCGUCGAGUCGUUCCGAACUCGUAGUAAGCAGUAUAGACUGUAUCAGAAACGAUGCCACUCGGAAGUUGAAGCUCGAGAUGACGAAGACCAAGCAAGAGAGGAUGACAACCGAGAAGUGGCACCAAUGAAGCCUACUUUCUCCACCCAGGAAUCCCACUCAACGGGUACCACCUUACCGGAUACACCUAUUAAGAAACGAAGAUUAGCACCUGUGCUCGUUUCAAACGAGAUCGAUGUUAAUGUUACACGCAAUAUUCCCACAGAAGCGGACGUGAUUAUAGCAUCCAGGUCAACAAAUUUUGAUCUUCCAGAUCAUGAUGAUAUGGCUGAUUCCAUUUGUGCUUACCUUGGAAAGGAUGCGGUCACCAGAGUAGAUAUCGUUGAAAUGCUCGACGUUGCCCAACCUUUCUCGGAGGAAGCCUUGCAACAAGAGCAGCAGCUCACAUUCGUUCGAGACAGGAGACUGCCGCGUGGCCGCCAGCUACAGAUCAACCAGCUUCUCAAGCGUCGAAUGCUGCGGAAUAGAAAGCCUCGGCUUCCCUACGCUACCAAGCUGGAUAUGGUACCUGGUGCUAACAAUCCAGAUCACGAUGAAGUCUUACCUUUAUAUGGAGACUCAGAUGAGGAAUACGACUCGGACACCUGGGCCGAAAUAGAGACCGAACGGCUCAACCAGGCAGACCGACAUGGUCUAUCUAGCAGCGAAGUCCAAGCCGUCAUCGACGAUGCUAUUGAGAAAUUCGCAUCCGACUGGAGAGAGCGCAAGGCUUCUAAGCUCUUAUACAAAUCUAAUCAAAUUUGGUGGAACGCUCGACGGGCUGGCCUAAAGACGUCGAUAGACAACAACCGCAAUAAUCUCGAGGCAUGCGAAUCCCGUAUAGCCAAAUAUUGUAAAGAGAUGACCCGUCAGCAUUGGCAUAAAAAAGCUGAGUUGAAAAUGAACACCUUGAUUUUUCAGCAGAGUGUAGAAGAUAGGGAAUAUUAUUCCUGGGUACUCAAAGUCAUCACUGCCCCGGCCGAACCUGAAAAGCUCUCAGCUCCGCCUCAGACUGCCGUUAAACCCCGUCGACAGCCAAAGCUAGUUUCUACUGGUUCUGAGGAUGAAGAAAUACUGACGAGCGAAUCCGAGAAUGAGCUUGAAGACGAAUUCGUUAUCGAUGAUCCUUUGCCACAUGGUGCAUCUCGUAGUGAUUCGCCCAUGUCAAUUGCUAAAGACAGCCCCUCCCCGGUACAACGACGACGAAGUCAUCGUCGUGAGAGUAGUCAAGACGAGAUGCCUAUGGACACUGAACCAACGGAAACGAUCGAUCUUACCCAACUGGAGGCAAACAUUGACCCUAAAACGCCAGCUAAAUUUCGAGAGCAUCAUGUAAUAGAUCUCACGACUCCCGACAAACCUAGUUCGGCUUCCAAAGGCUCUCCCAGCAUAAAACUUGUUAAGCCAGGAAAACUGCGUCAACCUGUCGAGAAAUCGCCACUCGACAUGAGCAUCGAAGACCUCGAACCUGCUGAAGAAAUGGUGGCUCGAGAGUUAGCCAGGCAACAUGAAGGCUAUCUAUCGUUCAUCUUUUCGGCAACUAUGGGGAAGCAAUCAGGCAAAGCCUGGUUGAAUUUCUUAUCUCGUGAGCUGAAAGAGCGAGGACUCCCGAAGUCCCCUUACGAUACCCCUGAAAAGAAAAACGUAUUUGCCGCAUUCACAAUGCUCCGUUUGUUUGAAAUAUUCCGAGAUGGCGUCCCUUACUCCAUAGUCCGGUAUAAGAAGCUGAGCCAUGAUGAUGUAAUGAAGAAAGUACAAGACGCAGGGACCCAGGCGGAUAAGCUCGGCACUUAUGCGGACUUCCUCCGCCGCUUGUCUGAUCGCUUCGAUUGGAAGAAGAUUGAUAUGGAGCUAACAGAUGAAGAACCCGCUUUGAAGCAGAAAAGACGUAAGAAAGUAGUUCGAAACCAAGAGGCAGAAAGCUUGAGGGAGAACGACAGAGCACGGGCGGCGGAACAAGAACGUCGGCAAAAAGUGCUCCGCGCCAAAUUAAUGGAUCUUGACGCUCAGGGUGUGGUGGACCUUGAUCAGACAAAGAUGAUAAUCAACGAGAGCAAGGAAGACGAUCAAGGAUUUAUUUACAUCCAUCCUGAGAUUGCACGGCGGAUUAAGGAGCAUCAAGUACGCGGGGUCAGAUUCAUGUGGAAUCAGAUUGUUGCCUCUGGAGCAAAGCAAGGUUGCCUACUUGCUCAUACCAUGGGUCUCGGAAAGACGAUGCAAAUUGUCACCCUCUUAGUGGCGAUCGCACAAGCGGCAGCAUCUGAAGAUAAUACCAUCUCCUCUCAGAUACCUAAGGGCCUUAGGAAGUCGAAGACACUCGUUCUCUGCCCCCCUUCGCUCGUCGAUAACUGGAUGGACGAAUUGCUCAAUUGGGCACCCGAAGGGCACGGGCUUGGGGAGUUUUUCAAAGUUGAUCAGUCAACAAUUCCUUCCCAACGCGAUGCGAAUAUUGAUUUGUGGGAUGAACGAGGUGGCAUCCUCAUUAUUGGAUACAACCUCUUCAAAGAUUAUAUCAAGAGCCCAGAUUUCAAAGAAGUGUUAUGCGACGGGCCCCGCCUCGUCGUAGCCGACGAAGCGCAUAUAAUGAAGAACCCGAAGGCGCAAACCAACAUUGCUGCUGCAAAUUUCAAAACCUUGAGCCGGAUUGCAUUGACCGGUUCUCCUCUGGCUAACAGGGUCGAAGAAUACCAUUCCAUGGUUAAUUGGAUCGCCCCGAACUACUUAUCUGACAUUGGCGAAUUCAAAAAGAUCUAUGCGAACCCCAUCGGGGAGGGGCUAAAGGCAGAUAGUACGACGGGCCAGCGCAGAAUGGCCUUGAAGAUGCUAAGGGUACUUAAGCAAGAAGUCGCGCCAAAAGUUCAGCGAAUAACAAUCGCAGCGCUGAAGCACGACAUACCUACGAAGAUGGAAUUCCUUUUAACUGUGCCUCUUACCAGUGUGCAGCGAGAGGCGUAUGAAACUUUCAUCCUCUACCAAUUGGACCACCCGGGAACGAGUUCCUUAGCUUCUAUAGAUACGUUGAGUAUCCUCUGUGCCCACCCAUCGAUCUUUAUGAAGAAGUUGCAGAAUCGGGACCCGGUUUCUAAAAAGUCGACUACGAAGAUGGAGACUCUGCCCGACAAGCUUAUCAGCAGCGAGAUUCAGCUUUUGAACAAGACAAAGGACCUAGCUGCAUAUGCGCUGUCUUGGAAAAUCCUAAUACUACUUUCCAUUCUCGACGAGUGCAAGCGCAUCAAUGACGGUGUUCUCAUCUUUAGCCAGUCCAUUCCUACGCUUAAUUACAUUGAGGCUGUUCUCAAUAUGAAGAAAUUUUCCUUUAAGCGGAUUGACGGGUCAACCAAGACAGACGAACGGCAAUCUGUCGUAAAGGAAUUCAAUAAGGGCCAAAUCGACGUGUUCCUUAUCUCUACCAAAGCUGGCGGUGUUGGCCUCAACAUGACGAGGGCGAAUCGAGUUAUUAUCUUUGAUGUCAAAUUCAACCCUCAGAAUGAACAGCAGGCGGUCGGGCGUGCAUAUCGUAUUGGUCAGCAGAAGCCAGUCUUUGUGUACCGCUUGAUUACUGGGGGUACGUCCGAGGAGAAGGCAAUGAACAUGGCAAUAUGGAAGAUACAACUAGCUUCUCGAGUUGUCGACAAGAAGAACCCCAUCCCCAAAGCCCAGGGUUUUGGCCAUGCAUUCGAGAUGCCAACGGAACCCGAGCAGCAAAACAUUGACAUACAUAUUGGCAAAGACAGUGUCUUGGACAAAGUCAUUGAAGCUCACAGGCCCGGCAUUAGAGCCAUCACGAUGAUGGACACUUUUGAGGAGGAAGAACUCGAAGAUGCUGUCUUGACAGAUGAAGACCGCGCGGAUGCUGCUCGAUUAAUUGCCCAAAAUGAAGCUCGUAGGUCAGGCGUAACCAAUCCGACUUCGUAUCCUGUUCCCGUGAACCUGGGCGGACGCCUGAACGAAACUAGCGGCGCUGGACUACCACCUCCUAAACUAUACAACGAGGCUCAAAAUGGUCAAGUCUCGGACGUACCGCCCAAUGAGAAAUCUAACACCCCACAGGCCGCAAACCCACCACAAGAUAAUGCUGUCUCAUAUCAGCAAGCCCUUCUACAGCCAAUUCAAGGGGCUACUACGCACAUUCGGCAGCCGCCACAAACUUCGGGUCAUGUCACGGCUGAUCACUUCGCCAAUUGGGAUAGCGAGCCAGCUUUUAGGGGAGAGCUGAUGCGACUUUUCACACUGAGCAGUGCCCCGUUUAACCAGGAACAGAAACAAUGUGCUGCGCUUGCUAUUGUAGAAGCACUUUGGGAACAGUACCCUCGCGGGCAGCAUGGCCAGGUAGCAUGGGCAAUAAUGACAGCAGCUUCCUCCUCGCGAUUUGUCGAAGCGAUCUGCGUAAGCAUUGUGUCGACUACUGAGCUAGCCAAUAUGGAGCCACAUGAUAUUGCCGCAAAACGUCGAAGUUGGGACGAAUUGACCGAGGCAGAAUGGAAGAGACAGACAGCCGUCGCAGGUGGCCAAUCAGAGGCAGAUCCUGAACAUCUCCAAUAUGCUCUUCGCCAGAUGUCAGCUACUUCCAAGGAGGCAGGUUCUGGCCGACGUAAACCUCUUCGACUAGAUGAUCAGGCGGCGUUGGAAACUGUUAUCGAGAAUAGAAAGGCGAAGCAGUCUUCCUCUGCCAAUCCUCGUCUACCUAACUGGGCUAUUGAUGCAGUGUCUAGACAUGGACGCAUGCCGUCUCCAUUGGUACAGCCACCUGCGGGCUCUUCAUCUGCUGUCCAGCCUUCGCCCAAAACUCCUUUUAAGUGA